UAUGAAUGCUUGGAGUGUGGAAAGUGCUUCUCUCAGAGUUCCCACCUGAUUGUACAUCAAAGGCUUCACACAGGGGAGAAGCCAUAUGAAUGCCUGGAGUGUGGAAAGAGCUUCUCUCAGAGUUCCCACCUGAUUGUACAUCAAAAGAUUCACACAGGGGAGAAGCCAUAUAAAUGCCUGGAGUGUGGAAAGUGCUUCUCUCGGAAUGGUCAGCUAACUGUACAUCAAAGGCUUCACACAGGGGAGAAGCCAUAUAAAUGCCUGGAGUGUGGAAAGUGCUACUCUUGCAAUAGCAGCCUAACUUCACAUCAAAAGCUUCACACAGGGGAGAAGCCAUAUCAAUGCCUGGAGUGUGGAAAGUGCUUGUCUUGCAAUAGCACCCUAACUAAACAUCAAAUGCUUCACACAGGGGAGAAGCCAUAUCAAUGCCUGGAGUGUGGAAAGUGCUUCUCUCAGAAUGGUCACCUAACUGUACAUCAAAGGGUUCACACAGGGGAGAAGCCAUGGGAAUGCCUGGAGUGUGGAAAGUGCUUCUCUUGCAAUAGUUAUCUAACUUCACAUCAAAAGGUUCACACAGGAGAGAAGCCAUAUGAAUGCCUGGAGUGUGGAAAGUGCUUCUCUUGCCAUAGCAGCCUAACUAUACAUCAAAGGGUUCACACAGGGGAGAAGCCAUAUGAAUGCCUGGAGUGUGGAAAGUGCUUCUCUUGCAAUAGCAACCUAACUUCACAUCAAAAGGUUCACACAGGGGAGAAGCCAUAUGAAUGCUUGGAAUGUGGGAAGUGCUUCUCUUGCAGUAGCAGCCUAACUAAACAUCAAAGGGUUCACACAGGGGAGAAGCCAUAUAAAUGCCUAGAGUGUGGUAAGUGCUUCUCUUUAAAUGGCAACCUAACUAUGCAUCAAAGGGUUCACACAAGAGAAAAGGCAUAUAAAUGCUGGGAGUGUGGAAAGUGCUUCUCUGUGAAUGGCAGCCUAACUGAACAUGAAAACGUUCACACAGGGAAGAAGCCAUAUGUAUGCUUCGAAUGUGGAAAGCGCUUCUCUCUAAAUGGCCACCUGACUGAACAUCAAAAGGUUCACUCAGGGGAGAAGCCAUGUGGGAACUGGAGUUCUAGAGGUUCUAAGCUAGAAUUAGAACUCAUCGCCAGACUACAGGGAUCAGAUUCACUGAAGAAAACGGCAACUCCAUAUACUGGAGGGAAAGAGAACCAGUCGACUAAACUGGUUAAGAAUGGCUUUGACUUCUAG